UGAGCGCCAUAGUGAUUCGCAGACCUUCCUGUAAUGGAGGUGAAUGGAGGCUCGUAGCUUCGUAAACACGGGAGGAUUCGGAGUCGAUCGUGUCCCGGCUGGUCGGUCGACGGUCGUCGCCCGCGUCGACACGUGAGUGUUUCACGAAGCUCCGGCGUACCUCUCAAGGCUCACGAAUCUUCACCGCGCACCGUACCGCGCGGCGAGAACCUAACCUUAACGCAAGCUCUCCCGCGAGACGACGAGGUCGGCAUUGCCGCUGUCACCGCCGUUGCUAAUCCACUUUCGCGUAAUUCGCUACCUGGCUCUCUCGAGCGCAUCGCUCGCGUCGUGCCGUCACCACGAGGAGGUCGCAUCCGCGCGAUUAAUCGUCCACCGCUCGAUGACCGCGCGUCGCCGAGGCGGCUCGAUCUGACAGGACCAGGCAUGCACCUGAUGCAUGCGAGGGUAUCAUCCACGUACGCGGGCGAUCUUCUACGGCGGGUGUGCGUACUACCUUCGUCGUCCUACGUCGUCGCGCCACCACCACCAUGAGCGAGGAGUCUAGGAAGAUAGUUACCAGGUUCCAUCCGAUCCACGGCGAGAACAUCCUCCUGUGCGAGGACAGCACGGUGGCGGUACGCACCACAAGCUUUGCCAACUCGGUUGCCUUCAGCGAGAAACCGCUGCAGCCAGGCGAGAUCUUCCUCGUAGAGAUCGAGAAGACGGAGAGGGGAUGGAGCGGGCACAUGCGGCUGGGUCUCACCCUGAUCGAUCCAGCCUCGGUCAACAACAACCUGCCGCAGUAUGCAAUGCCCAAUCUGGUUAGAUUGGGCAACACGUGGAUCCUUGCGAUAACUAGAAAUCAAACUAUCUGGGACAACUUUGAUGGUGGUCUAUCAUCUACGUACACAUCUCUUACUGGUAUACCACCAGGAAUACCAGCCAGAGAGAAGAAACUGGUCACGGAUGGAGUUAACGUGCAAACGUCGCGCGGUAUUAUCCCCUUCAAUGCUCUAAAGCCAAAUAUAGACGGUUCUUCCCAAUGUAUCCUGCCUACGGAUGCAGGCAGUCGCAUCGGUAUCAUGUACGUGCCGCAAGCCGGUUGCCCCGAUAAGGCAGAGAUGCAUUUCAUUAUCAACGGCGAGGAUCAGGGCGUAUGUGGAAAGGAUAUUCCCUAUAAGGCAGGACCUUUGCGCGCAGUGGUGGAUGUCUAUGGUACCACGAAACAAGUUCGGAUAGUUCAACUAUACGGAGCAGUAUCAACGUUGCAGAGUGCGUGCCGUGACGCUAUACUGCAAUACACCAAGAGAAACGCAGUUAAUCUGCUUCCUUUGCCGAGAUUACUGAAGGAUUAUCUCUUAUAUCAGUCACAGUGAGAAUCAGCUCAUUCCGUUUUCAUAUAUGUUUAGGAAAUAUUAUCCGUUAUGUUCUAUAUCUCUUUCCCAGUGAUAUCUUCAAUAUUUGGUAUGCGUAAUAUAUGUUCUAUUAAUUAUCGAAGACUGCCGGUACAUAUAUCGAUUCGAAGCGUUCGAAUUUAUUUGUUUUUAUACAUCUAUCUUUUCGAAAUGUAUAUGACAGAAAUUGAUCACAGUUAAAAGAUCUAUGUAAUGGAGCUUUUUUUACUUGCUUAUUUUGAAGAUUUUUCUGGGGUGGAAAUGCUAAAUCAUGAUGUGUACAUAGUGUAACGAAAUGUUAAUCGCUGCAAGAAUCGAGAAACUCAGCGAGAUCGUAUUGAAAGUUUAAAUAUAAGUAUCAUUCGGAAAUGACAAUGGCUGCGUUUAGCAACAAAAAUAGUUUUGCAACUGUUGUAAAAUUCUUUUAUAUGAUUGGUUUCUACAUUUAGAUCUGAAAAGAAUUAAGGACAAAAAUCAUAUUGAAGAAUCUUACAACAGUUGAAAAAUUGCUUUUUCCUGCUGAACGCAGUCACUGAGUUAUUGGACAUAAUUACGCCAUAUAUAAAAGUUAGGUAUAUUUUUGGGCAGUUACUUUUGUUCUACCUAUAUUUCAGGAAUUUUCUAUUUAUUAUGAGAUAUGUGUAGGGUUAAGUUUGACACUGUUGUAAACAAAGAACGAACGAUAUUAAUAUAAGUGUCCAAAAUAAACUUGUUUUUCAAAAUAAAGGUAUUUAUAAGAACAAGAAA